UUGUGGCGUCCACAGCCACACAGAGACUCACAGAGAGAGAGAGAGAGAGAUUCCAACUCUCAAUUACCCAUUUACCCUUCCUUUUCUCUCUCCCUAUAUAAAAUAUCCCUCACCCCCUCCCCUGCUCGCAUUUUUCUCUCCACUUUCCGCCACCCUCCGCCGGCGUCUCUCAGGCUGACAACAAGACGCACGCGUAUCAAUGGAGAUCAUGUCGAAGGCCAUGGACAGAGACAAUCAGUUCUGUAUGGAUUCGCCGAAAAGCAAUGCGAGCAGCAGCACCACCAAUGGUGCUCCCCAGAUUCCCACGCCUCCUCUCACCCCUAAGACUCCCACUUUCCCCAGAUCUGACGCCAAUCCCUAUCCCACCACCUUCGUCCAGGCCGACACUUCCUCUUUCAAGCACGUCGUUCAGAUGCUCACCGGUUCUUCUCACCCGCCGGCCCAAGAUCAUCCUCCUCCUCCUCCCCCUCCUCCGUCGUCGUCCUCCUCCGCCGCCGCCAAGAAUUUCAGCAUCCCUCCCGUCAAGACCGCCCCUAAGAAGCAGGGAUUCAAGCUCUACGAGAGGAGGAACUCCCUGAAGAACAGCCUCAUGAUCAAUACUCUCGUUCCUAAUUACGCUCACAGUUCUGGAUUUUCGUCGCCUCGCAAGCCGGAGAUCUUGUCGCCCAGUAUUCUUGAUUUUCCCUCGCUCACGCUCAGUCCCGUCACGCCGCUCAACGACGAUCCCUUUGACAAGUCGUCGCCGUCGCUUGGGAAUUCGUCGGAGGAGGACAGGGCCAUCGCCGAGAAGGGGUUUUAUCUCCAUCCGUCGCCCAUGUCCACUCCUAGAGACUCAGAGCCGCAGCUCUUGCCUCUCUUCCCCCUCACUUCACCUAGAGUCUCCGAGUCCCCAUCUUGAGCUCGUGCAUGAGCACAAGCUUUUGAUUGUUGUUAUGGCUGAUUUUGAUCAUAGAUUAUUGGGUUUUUGAAUGAUUCUCAGGAAAAAAAGCGAAAAAAGAAAGGUAUAGAGCUUGGUCUAAUUGUGAAUUUGUCAUUCUAUGAAAUGGCAAAAGCCUGGUUUAUUUCACUUCACACCCCGAAUACAGUUUCCUCUUAUUCUUCUAGGAUGAACUUUUUCAUAUAUAGAGUCAUAGAUGGAGCCUCAUGGCUUAUUAUGAUCACUAUCAUCUAAAUCAAUCGGUGUUUUGACUGCUGUAUCCGAAUCUGUUAGUAUCUCUGUCUGUGCACCCACAUAGCGUUAGUUUGAUACUUUCAGACCAACCAUAAAGAGAAGGCGUAGAUUAGAGAGAAAGAGACUCGACUCAGAAGAAAAGUGAAGAGGAAGGUGGGUGGGUCAAGUGAAUGAAAGGCUGAACAAGUCACUCUCCGUUAAGGUUAGGUGUUGAAAUUUCUUUCUGAAGAAUUAGUUUUCCGAGCUAUUCAAACCCAAUUUGAUUUGAUGAUUUCUUUCUUUCUUUCUUUCUGUUUGUUUGUUUGUUUGUUCUCAUUCUGACUCUUGUUGAAAGCAAAAACGCUUCUGUAUCAACUUCUUAGUACCCUUUCAGAUCAAAUUAGUGAAAACAAACACCUUCAACUUCUCAGUCUGACGAAUGGGAAAUUUUCUACGCAAUGCUCGAAAAUAGAUCUGAUUGAUAAGAGAGCAUUGGAUGUUCGUAUCGACUUAAUUAUACUAUGACAUCAUGUGUGUGUGUGUGUAUUGUACUAAUGCUUGCUAUUGCGAUAUAUCCGAGUCAAUAUUCGUAUUCUUAUUACAUGUUC